UGGCGUGCGGCGUGCAGUGUUUGGAUCUGGCCCGAAAUGGGAGUGAUGGCCGGCGACGAGGCGCAGCCCGCGUCCAUGGCAGCGACGAUGCUUGGCAGCGCAAUGGCUGGCAUCCUCGGGCGCAUUGUAUGCCACCCCAUGGACAUGGCCAAGGCCAACCUCCAGGCGCACAGCUCGUACCGCAAUGCAUGGCAUGUUCUGACGAAAACUAUGAAAACCGAAGGCGUGCGCGGCCUGUACAAGGGCUUUGGCGUCGUGGUCCUUGGGUCGGCGCCAGCCACGUGCCUGUACAUGACGUCGUACGAGGAAAGCAAGAAGUGGCUCACGCAGUCGCCGCAAUUCCAAGACGCACCGUUCCUCACGACCUUCUCCGCGGGCAUCUUUGCCGAGGCGUUUAGCUGCAUCUUUUGGGUGCCCAUCGACGUCGUCAAGGAGCGCAUGCAAGUGCAAACACUGCAUCAAGCCAACGGGUACAGGAACACGCUGCAUGCGCUGCAGACGAUUGCGCGUACCGAAGGCCUCCGUGGCAUGUACAAAGGCUAUGGCGCGACCAUGUGGUCCUUUGGCCCGUACUCGGCGCUCUUCUUUGUGGCCUACGAGCAAAACAAGGCGUGGGCAACGCGCUGGCAUGGCUCACCCGACGUGCCGUUCUCGUCGCUGCUUCUCUGCUCCGUCUCGGCGAGUGCAGCUGCUGCGUUUUUGACCAACCCACUGGAUCUGGUCAAGUUGCGGCUCCAGGUGGAGCGCUUCCGGGCAACGUCAUCGGGCGCACCGAGCCAGUACAAGAACACGUUCGAUGGACUCGGACGCAUUUUGACGCAAGAGGGACCCAAGGCGCUGUGGAAGGGGGCGGGGGCCCGUGUCGCGUUUCAGGCCCCCCUCACAGGCAUCACGAUUGCGAUUUACGAAAAGUGCAAAGACAUGUGCGCAACGUUUGUCUAGUAACUCGAUAAACGAGUAGCUACAAGUGUAGUUGAAAGAUGAUUCAAGUAGCUCGGUAUUCAAACCAGAUCGGUCGAUUCGAGAUACCAGAUACUAGGACCAGAUACCGUCGACUUGAUACAUUUGGUUGUGGC